AUGCUGGGAAAACAGGCGUGGCGGUUUUUAACCAAACCUGAAUCAUCGGUCUCGCGAGUCUACAAAGCGAGGUAUUAUCCAAAUGGGACCUUUUAUGAUGCCAAAAUAGGAAAUAAUCCCAGUUUUUGUUGGCGUAGUAUAAUGGCAGCUCAGAGUAUGGUUUGUAGUGGAAUCAGGCGCAGAAUUGGGAAUGGAAAAACAACCCUCAUCUGGGACCACCCAUGGAUGCAGGAUGAACAUGAUUCAAUGAUUCAUACAGAUAAGCCAACAUAUUUGAAUAAUGCAGUGGUGAUGGGAUUAAUUGAUCAAGAGACACAGACUUGGGAUCCGGAUAUAUUGGCAGAUAUUUUUAGUCCUACGGAUGUGGAUAGGAUAAAAAAGAUCCCAAUAUCACCGGAUUAUGAAGAUAUGUGGUAUUGGUAUGAUGAUCAGGGAGGAAAUUAUACUGUUAAGAGUGGGUACAAGACAAUUGUGGGAACUCUCAAUGAUAAUACGAGCACCCAUAAUUGGUUAGGCCUAUGGAAAUUAAAAGUCCCCCCAAAUGGAAAACAUUCUUGUGGAAGGCUUUGA